UGAACAAAUUGCUGAGAGCCACUGUGCGUCGGCACAAACGGGUGGGCUUCUGUGAGAAGUUAAAACCGGUUUGUCGAAGCGCAACGUGGACUCGUCCACGGCUUGCGGCGCGCUGAGCUAGACGCUUGCCAACUCAAUCCACGUUCUAUGACGCCGUUUUCUUAAAGUCGCUAAAAGGUGGAAAGGCAACCUGCAGCGGCAUCACCUCGGAGUCGGAGUAGCCAGACACCGCUGCAAAAAAAAGUUAACAGACACCUGGAUACUCGGGAUAAAACUUUCCACUUUUCCUUGAGGGAAACCCGUCUUAAGAUCUUCUCAUUUCGUCUGUUGGAACGCUGACACAAUGUUUGGUCAGCACAUGUUACAAGCCGGGAGCUUCACGUCCAUGUCAGGGGUCGCUCGUUUUGGGAAAUGAUGACUGUCAGCACCGACGGCAAAAUUAUGGUCAGAAGAUGGCUGGUGACGUUCAAGCCCUUCAGGAUAUUCGUGGUGGGAAUAGGCUUCUUCAGCCUGUGCUUUCUAAUGACUUCUCUAGGGGGGCAAUUCUCAGCCAAGAGAUUGGGGGACUCCCCCUUCACCAUCCGUACAGAAGUGCUGGGAGGUGUGGAGUCACGCGGUGUGCUGCGGAAGAUCAGCGACAUGCUGGCGGUGAUUCUGAAGCGAAUGGAUGGUCUCGCCAAGCUGGACAACGCCACCGCUGCCGAUACACGACGCCUUGAGGAGCUAAUCUCUGCAAUCAACAAGUUUCAACCAGCUGGCCUCAUGGAGAUGAUCCAGACUAUAGCUCAGAAUGUCUCCAACAUGGCAGUCAGAGUGGAGCAGAUACUGCAAACCAGCAUUAUGCAAGGCAAAGCUGUGAGAGAUGGGACGUCAAGCCAGUGUGAGGUACCCAAAGAUCCCCGCUACCCGGAGUGUCCUGGAAAAGUGGACUGGAUGCGAGCACGCUGGACCUCUGACCCUUGCUACGCCUUCUAUGGUGUCGAUGGGUCCGACUGCUCCUUCCUUGUCUACCUCAGUGAAAUCGAGUGGUUCUGCCCCCCGCUGGCCUGGAGGAACCACAGCAGCCAGCCCAGCCUCCAGCAUGUCCACCAGGCUAAGGGCACCACCAAGAGGCCUGCUGCCUUCCGUACCGAUCUGUCCAUGCUACUCGACCAGAUUGGCGCAGGAAAGGAGUCUCUGAGCUUCAUGAAGCGUAGAAUCCGUCGUCUCGCUCCACAGUGGACAACAGCUGCCAACCGCCUCGAUGCCAAGCUGGAGCAUCGGUGGAGGGACCAGAAAAAGAUCCUCAUCCAUGUGGGCUUCCUCACAGAAGAGUCUGGCGAUGUGUUCAGCCCCAAAGUGCUUAAAGGGGGUCCUCUCGGAGAAAUGGUCCAGUGGGCCGAUAUCCUCACCACACUCCACGUUCUGGGACACAACCUCAAGAUCUCCAUGUCUGUCAAGGAACUGCAGAGCUUCCUGGGUGUGCCCCCCGGCAGAGGCAGUUGCCCACUGACUGGCCCUCUGCCCUUUGACCUCAUCUAUACGGACUACCACGGCCUGCAGCAGAUGAAGCAGCACAUGGGGCUCUCGCUCAAGAGACACAAAUGUCACAUCCGCGUGAUUGACACAUUUGGGACAGAGCCAGCUUACAACCACGAGGAGUACGCCAACCUGCACGGCUACCGGACCAACUGGGGCUAUUGGAACCUGAACGCCAGGCAAUACAUGACCAUGUUCCCUCACACGCCAGACAACUCCUUCAUGGGCUUCGUGUCAGAGGAGUUAAACGAAACUGAGAAGAGGAGCAUCCAGCAGAGCAAAGUCAACAGCAUGGCAGUGGUGUACGGGAAGGAGGCCAGCAUGUGGAAGGGCAAGGAAGGUUUCCUGCAGAUUCUCCACAAAUACAUGGAGGUCCAUGGCACGGUGUACUACGAGACACAGAGACCUCCAGAGGUUCCGGCCUUUGUCAAGAACCACGGCCUGCUGCCCCAGCACGAACUGCAGCAGCUGCUGCGCAAAGCCAAGCUCUUCAUCGGCUUUGGUUUUCCCUACGAAGGCCCCGCCCCGCUGGAAGCGAUCGCCAACGGCUGCGUCUUCCUGCAGCCAAAGUUUAAACCGCCUCACAGCUCGUUCAAUCACGAGUUCUUCAAAGGAAAGCCCACAUCGAGAGAAGUGUCAUCGCAGCAUCCGUACGCGGAGCAGUACAUCGGCAGCCCCCAUGUCAUAACGGUGGACUACAACGACUCGGCGGAGUUUGACACCGCCAUCAGAGAAAUUAUGAGGAGCAAGGUUGAACCGUAUCUGCCUUACGAGUACACGUGUGAGGGCAUGUUGGAGCGAGUGCACGCCUACAUACAACAGCAGGAUUUCUGUGGCUCUGAGCCACUGUUCGUCCCCGCCAACGUAUCCAGACAAGGCCCUGCUGGCGUCGGCCCCCUCGCAAGGCCUCUGUUUGUGCCCCUGCCCAACUCCACAGCCCUGGGCUGGGCGUCCGACGUGACCCCCCCUCCCACAGCCUGGCCCCCUCUCAGCUCCUUACGGCUCCUCGUAUCAGAAGAGGGCGAGUCGUGCGUAGAGGCGUGCCGGAGCCACGGCUUCAUCUGCGAGCCUGCUCACUUUCGCUUCAUCAACAACAAGGAGGCUCUACGCAGGUUGGAGGUGCAGUGCGAAGUGCUGGACUCCGAGAUGAACCACAUCCUCCCGGCCUUCUCAGUGUUGCGCCGCGAGUGCGGACUUCAGCGGGAGCCACUGCUCUUCAGCUGCGCUGGCCACUCGCCCAAAUACAGACGCGUGUGCCCCUGCAGGGACUUCCGGCGCGGCCAGGUGGCGCUGUGCAGGGACUGUCUCUGACCGUGGAAGCAUUGAGGCAAGGUAAUGAGCACUUACCUCGGAAUGCAGGGAGGAGGUCUCCGCUGUGGAAUGGUGAGUGGUGGAAGGGAAACCCCACGAAUGGAUUUAAAUUGCUUCAACAGGCACCGGGGUACCGUAUGAUGGAACUUCCUAUGUCGCUGGGUGGCCGAAUUACCCAUUUGGAGCGUUGGCAAAGCCAACCGGAGCGUAGCCUGCCCCCUGCAGGACACCUGAAGAACAAAUCAGUUCAUUUUUACAACCUUAGGUUCUUCGCACGCGUGGACUCCAACGAGAAGGCGAGCACAUUUCAAUAUCCAAUCUCCUCCACGCACAAAAGGGUAGACGGACAAGCUGGGGGGGGGGGUUAUAAUUGCCUCUGCCUCUCGUACCCCCUCCGCUCCUUCCGUCAUCAAUUGUCAGUCAUUUGUCAAACUGGGCCCCCCCCCAAGUCGGCGGCAACAUCGCUCAAUGUAAUCAUCUGUGGUCACGAAAGCCAGAAAAAGGAGCAGAGAGGACACAGAUAAAGGCAACCAAAGGAUUUUUCAGUGAAUACACUCGAGUGGAUUUUUCAGCGUCCUCGCGGGCUUGUCUGAUGGAGAAGAGGUCCUCAAAUAUAAAGAUCAACAUGGAUCAAA